AUGAUGUUCCCCAGCCUCAUCGCCCCUCCAGCCGUCUACCCCAGCCUCCUUCGGCCGACCCCCACCCUCACCUUGCCUCAGUCUCUGCAGUCAGCUUUUUCCAGUCAUUCCAGCUUUCUGGUGGAAGAUUUGAUCCGGAUCAGCAGACCCACCAGUUACCUGCCCAGGACGCCCCCCCCGUCCAGCAUGUCCCCCCCGACCUCGGCGGCCAGGACGGACUCGGGGACACCGGAGCUCCCCAGCUCCACCACCGCCGGCUCCAGGAGGAUCUGUUCGCCGCAGACUUCCAGCAGCGACUCCACUUUCCUGAAGUUUGGAGUCAACGCCAUUCUCUCCUCCGUCCCCCCGAGCGAAACCUCCCCUGCGUUACUUCAGAGCGUCCCGCCAAAGACUUUCUCUUUUCCGUACUUUGAAGGAUCCUUCCAGCCCUUUAUCAGAUCUUCCUAUUUCCCAGCUGCCUCUGCCGUGGUCCCCAUCCCUGGCACCUUCUCCUGGCCACUGGCUGCCCGCGGGAAGCCCCGCCGUGGGAUGCUGCGCCGUGCCGUCUUCUCCGACGUGCAGCGCAAAGCGCUGGAGAAGAUGUUCCAGAAGCAGAAAUACAUCAGCAAACCUGACAGGAAGAAGUUGGCGGCCAAGCUGGGCCUGAAGGACUCACAGGUGAAGAUCUGGUUCCAGAACAGGAGGAUGAAAUGGAGGAACUCCAAAGAGAGAGAGCUCCUCUCUUCAGGUGGCUGCAGAGAACAGACCCUACCUACCAAGUUCAACCCUCACCCAGACCUCAGUGACGUAGGCAAGAAAUGUUCAGGAGAGGAGGAGGAGGAGGAAGUUCCCCCCGUUGCCCCACCCAGCCCCCGGCAUCCCUUAACCUACCACCAGUCCCCAGAACAUCUACACCUGAGGGACAGACCUGGACUCCCAGAUGUCUCCUUCACCAUCCAUUCUAGCAGCCCCAGCAAACCUUCAGACUUCUCAGACUCAGAGGAAGAGGAUGAUGAAGGGGAAGAGGAAGAGGAGGAGAUAACUGUCUCUUAGAUCACUUUGCCUGCCCCUACCAUCACAAGGGGAAACACAGAAAGAUGUAAAUAAGACA